UGAUUAUAUUUAUGUAUGCAGGAUGGACAAAGUAGACUUGGAGAUUCAUUUUGAUGGUAAAUUCCAGAAAUCGCCUUAUCUCAAAUAUGUUGGAGGUAAAAUUAAAAUGUGCAAGAAUUAUGAUGUUGAUGUUCUUAGUUAUUUUGAGUUACUUGACUUGGCAAGAGAAGAUGCAACAAAUCAAUCUAUACUAGGGUUGUAUUUUCGACUAUUUAGCAGAGACUUAGACGCAGGCUAUUUAAAGUUACAAAGUGAUGGGGAUGUGAUGCAAAUGUUGAGAUAUGGUUCUGGGAUGAACACCAAAUUUGAGAUAUAUAGUGAACACGAGGUUGAUGAGAAUUUUGAAGUAGAGGAUGACCAAAAGAGUUGUGAUAAUAUGUCUAACAGUGAUGAAGAGUUGGUCAAUGUAAGAAAAAGAAAACUGCAAUUCUAUCAGGGGGAUGGUGAUAAUGAGAUAGAUUUUGAGAGGGGAGAAAAAAAUGAGACUUGCACUCAGAGUGGAGAAAUAAAUGGGACUUCUGUUAACAAUAAAACUGUGAAUUAUGCCGAAAAUGAAAUUAAUCAAGAAGAAGAGGUGAAAAUUUUGUUCGAUGAAGAUUUAUAUACAAGUGAUGAUGAAGACAGAAGAUGUCUAGAAGAGAUUGAGGAAGCAAAUGGGGUAUUUACAAAAGAACUGUAUUAUAAUGAGAAGACCAAUUACAGAGAUAUUGAACUAGCUAUCGGGAUGAAAUUUGCUGAUCGUCAUGAAUUGAGACACGCAAUUAAAUCUCACUCUGUUGCUAAAGGGCUUGUAAUCAAGUAUUUAAAAAGUGAAAGUACUAGAGUACUUGCGGUGUGCGGGUAUCCAGACAUAUGCAAGUGGAGAUUGUGGGCCACUAAAAUGUCAAGUGAAGAGAGUUUCCAAAUAAAAUCAUUGAAUGAUAACCACACUUGCAUAAGAGACUACAAUGCAUCUGUUGUGGAUAGUACUUGGCUAGCAAAAGAGUACGCAAGAAAGAUCAGAGAUAAUCCUAGUUGGAAGCUAAAAGAUAUGCAAGCUGAUGUUUUCACAAAUUAUGGUUUGACGGUAACUUUAAACCAGUGUUGGAAGGCUAAACAAAAGGCCGUAGGAGAGAUUGAGAUCGACUUGGAAAAACAUUAUGCAAUGUUAUUUGAUUAUGCAGAGGAAAUUGAAAAGACUAAUCCUGGCAGUAGAGUUGUGGUUGAUAUAUCCAACGAAGAUGGGGGCAGAUUUUUUAAGAGAAUUUAUAUAUGCUUUGCUGGUAUCAAACGAGGGUGGAAAGAGUGUUGUAGAAAGGUGAUAGGUCUAGACGGAUGUUGGCUUAAGGGUAAGUGCAAAGGUGAAUUGUUGUCAGCAAUCGGAAGAGAUGCUAAUGAUCAAAUGUAUCCAAUCUGUUGGGCAGUUGUCGAGGGAGAAUCAUAUGCCAGCUGGAAUUGGUUUAUUCGUCACUUAUUAAUGGAUUUGGGGCCUGAGGGAAUAAUGAGCACCGGACAUGGAUGGACCAUAAUUUCAGAUCAGCAAAAGGGGUUACUAAAAUCUGUGGCCGAGCUUCUUCCAAAUGCGGAGCAUAGGAACUGUGCUAGACAUAUAUAUGCAAACUUUAGAAAAAAAUGGGAUGGAGGCCAUUAUCGGAAGUUAUUCUGGGCAGCAGCAAAGAGCACCACCAAGGAAGAGUUUGGCAGGACCAUAAAUAAAAUUAGUAAGCAUUCAAAACAAGCUUAUGCAUGGCUUAUUGAUCAUGACCCUAAUGUCUGGAGUAGGGCAUUUUUCAGUUGUGUGACAAAAUGCACAAAUAUAGAGAAUAAUAUGUCUGAGGUAUUUAAUGGAAGCAUAUUAAGUGCUAGAGAUAAGCUCAUUAUUUUCAUGUUGGAAGAUAUUAGAAGAGCAAUUUUGGAUAGGGUGGAGAAAAAUUUUCCAAAGAUUUUAAAAAACAAUGCAGAUCCUCUAUGUCCCAAUAUAAGGAAAAAAUUGGAAGAUUUGAAAGCUAAAUAUAGAUUUUGGACUUUAAAACAUAAUUGUGAGGGUAAAUUUGAAAUUUUUCUUGGGAAUUCAUCUGGAUAUAUUGUGAAUAUGAGAGAGCAGACAUGUAGUUGCAAUAUGUGGCAGUUAAGUGGCAUUCCCUGUGUACAUGCAAUUAGUGCUAUAUAUUAUGGUAAUGGGAAUCCUGAUGACUAUGUUGAUGCUGCAUACAAGAAAGAAACUUACUGGAAAACAUACACAAACUAUAUGCAACCACUAGAGGGUAGUGAUAUGUGGCCUAAGAGCAAACUAGUGCCUGUACUUCCGCCGAUGCAAAGGAGAAUGCCAGGGAGACCUAAAAAAGCAAGAAGAAAGGAAAUGCACGAAGAUAAUGCUAAAGGUACUUCUUUAAAAGCUAACGGAGCAGUGCAAGUUAGCAAGAAAGGAGUGCAGAUGACAUGUAGUAAUUGUGGAGAAAUCGGACAUAAUAAGAAAACUUGCAAGAAUUCACCAAAGAAAAAGACUCUGGAAGUUGAGAAACCAAAAAACAAAGGCGGGAGGCCAAAGGUUCAAAAAGCAGCAUCAAGUUCUAUUCUAAAACCAAAAAAGAAAAAUAAAGAUGUUGGAGUUGGAUUGUAUACUGAUCCUAAAACAGGGAAGAUGUAUUUAAAUGGUUAUUUACUCCCUAGUGGAGGCCGAGCUGAAGAAAGUUCAAGCGCAGGAAUGGCAGGUCCAAAUCCACCGAGCAAUGAAAAUGUUGCGAAUAAUGCUGCAAUACCAAUCCAAACAUCCGAGCCUACAGAUUUAGUUCCGACCUCGCCUGAUAGUUCUUUUAUAUCCCAGCUUGUGGAAUUGUAUAGAACAAUUGACACUCCAAGAACAAUCAAGACGGGGGAUAUAAAUUCCACAUCAACGUCAAGAAGUCCAUGAGAUAACAUUCAACAUGUGUGCUGAAAAAGAAUUCAAUCAUCAAACUUAUGCAACUCUAUUUGAAAUGAUUCCAAUAUGUUAUUAGCAACAGAGGAGGGAUGUAGUGGUGCUGAUAUACUUUUUAGUUAUUUAUAUAUUUUUUGAUUAAUUGUAAUCAAUUUGCCACAUAAGAUAUAAUAUGAUCAUGGUUAGUCCA